AUGGCUACUACUGGUGUCUACUGGUAUCUUGUUUUGAUCAAAUGUUUGAGUCUUGUGGUAUCCAAUAUGGCAGUGCUUACUCAAACUUAUCCACCUUAUUCUCCUGUGUGUCCUCAUGACAGACUAGUUCUUUCUUGUGUAUUUCAUGGUACAGGAGAUGUAUACUGGCGAACAGAUAAUAAUCUUGCAUAUACUGGAGUGUUCAAUGGCAGUGUACGAUUACUGGGUAGUUUCUUAAUAUCUACUACAAGCAACAGUACUACAACAGUAAUUACUGCUACCAAUGAGUCUAUUCCAUUGUCCACUAAUGGAGUGACAGAUGCUACAACAUUACGUCCUCCUAUUGAGUAUUACAUUAUAAAUGUAUAUAUUACAACAAUUUGUAUUAAUAGUUGUUCUGUGUAUAGUUAUAAUGUAACUGAUACUAAUACUACUAUUACUGAACUAUCUCCUAUUAAUGAAUACUACACUGUUACUAUCAUACCUGUUAAUGUUAUUGGAUAUGGACCAUCAGUCACUGUUAAUGUCAGUAUAACUGCUACUACAUCAAGUACCACUAACAUUAUGAUGAGUACUACUGAAUUUAUCACAACACAAAAAAGAAGUUCAGUUAUGCCAACAAUAAUUACAAUAACUGAAACAAUCAGUAGUUGUGCUGACAGUUAUAUUUCAAUUGUGACAACAACUAUGUUACAAUCAACAAAUAUUGGAUCCAUUAGUGUUGCUAUUGCUGUACCUAUCACUGGUCUAUUAACUGGACUCAUUACUGCCAUAAUUACUAGUAUCAUUGUAUGUUUAAUAAUGAAAAAGAGAGGGACUACAAUACAAAAUAAAACUCCAUUAGGAGGAGGAGAUGCAGCAGUUAUUGUUCCAAUAUAUGAUUUACCAACAAUCAAUACUGAACAACAAGAACAAAUCAUUGAUACUAAACUUAACACUGCAUAUGGACAAACCAAUAUGUAAUGUAGUUCACAUUUAAAUGUAAAAUGAAAAU